GGCUAGAAAUCUAAUGAAUGUCCAAAGAAGAGCUUAGAUUCUCCAGCAACAUUCUAUUUUAAAAUAACUUGCUGCCAAAAUGUCAGUAUACACUGCUCAUAAUAGAAAUAACAGCCGUAUCCUUGGUACUCCUUCUUCUCAAAAGAGUUCAUCACUGAGUGUCCUCACCCACAGUAACAGACUUAAGCUGCAUUUGAACUCAAAUAUGUCAGAACGUGAAAAUGAUAAUCCGUUACUGAGAUCUGCCAGUAAAAUCAGAGACAUAAAUAGCACUUAUAUUAUUUCUGCCUGUAGAAAACCAGAAGAUACACCCGUUACCCCUAACCCUGUAGGUAGAUUGGCACUUCAGAGAAGAGCUACAAGGAACACAGAAUCAUCUUUGCUUGGUAGUGAAUUGGGAGACUCAACUGAAAAAACAGCAGAAAAACGUCUUAUAUUACAGCGUCGUGUUAAAACAGAUUCUGUGGAAAAGUGGAAAACAGCUAAGACAGAUUCUGCCAAAAAGUGGAAAAUAACGCAGAAUGUGGGCAGUGAAAUAGGAAAUAAUUGUGCUUCAGAGGAAACUAGUACAAAUGUAAAGACUGUAAAUAAUGAUAAAAACUCUUUUGUUGCACCUUCUGUACCUUUAGCUGAAGAUCCAAAAGACAUUGAAAUGAUGGCUGAUGAGAGAUAUAAAGAAACAUUUUCUGCCAUCAGUGGGGCAAAUGGAAAUGUCGCACUGAAGUGCUCAAGUAAUACAGCACUGGUUGGUUCCCAGAGUCAGGCCGAAGUUGUUAGAUCAGGACACUUGGCAACAAAACCUGUUCAGAAUAAGUUGGAUAUCAAAGUGUCGGGAACAGGAAACUUGCAUCAUAGAAGUAUUCGGAAAAAUCCAAAUAAAUUUGGAAGCUUAGAAAAAAGAACACCUACAAAAUGUAUAACAGAACACUCAUUGAUGCCGAAGUGCAGCACGCCUCAGUUUGAGAGCCCAGCUGCCUCAGUACUGAAGAAUAGGAUGCCUAACCUUCAAGUUAGACAAAGGCCAAAAGACUCUUUUCUUGCAAAUAAAAAGGAAAAGUCACAAGAAAAUACACUUCCUCUUGAAGAAGAAAGUGCGGUUCAGAACACCUCUACAGAAAAAGACCUCUUAAAAGUAGAGAAUAGUCAAGUGACAGUGGCCGUACGUGUAAGGCCUUUCACCAAGAGAGAGAAGAUUGAAAAAGCAUCCCAGGUGGUCUUCAUGAAUGCGGAAGAAAUAACUGUGGAACACCCUGAUAUGAAACAAAUUUAUAAUUUUAUGUAUGAUGUUUCGUUGUGGUCUUUUGAUGAAUGUCAUCCUCACUAUGCUAGCCAAACAACCGUCUACAAGACUCUAGCAGCACCACUCCUAGAAAGUGCCUUUGAAGGUUACAAUACCUGUCUCUUUGCUUAUGGCCAGACUGGCUCUGGAAAAUCAUAUACGAUGAUGGGAUUUAGUGAAGAACCAGGAAUAAUUCCAAGAUUUUGUGAAGAUCUUUUUGCUCAAGUAGCCCAAAAACGGUCCCAAGAGGUCAACUAUCACCUUGAAAUGAGCUUCUUUGAAGUAUAUAAUGAAAAAAUUCAUGACCUUCUGGUUUGUAAAGGUGAAAAUGGGCAGAGAAAGCAACCGCUGAGAGUAAGGGAGCAUCCCAUUUCCGGUCCGUAUGUUGAAGCGCUGUCAAUGAAUGUUGUCAGUUCUUACUCUGAUAUCCAGAGUUGGCUAGAAUUGGGAAAUAAACAAAGAGCAACUGCUGCUACUGGUAUGAAUGAUAAAAGCUCACGGUCUCAUUCAGUGUUUACCCUGGUGAUGACCCAGACCAAGACAGAAUUUGUGGAAGGGGAAGAACACGAUCACAGAAUAACAAGCCGCAUAAACCUAAUUGAUCUGGCAGGCAGCGAGCGCUGCUCCAGGGCUCACACUAGUGGAGAUCGACUGAAGGAAGGUGUGAGUAUUAACAAGUCCUUGCUAACUCUGGGAAAGGUUAUAUCUGCACUCUCUGAACAAGCAAACGGAAAGAGAGUUUUUAUUCCUUAUCGUGAAUCUGUUCUAACAUGGCUAUUAAAGGAAAGUCUGGGUGGAAAUUCAAAAACUACAAUGAUUGCUACGAUCAGUCCUGCUGCCAGCAACAUAGAAGAAACAUUAAGCACACUUAGAUAUGCUAACCAAGCCCGUUUGAUAGUCAACAUCGCCAAAGUAAAUGAAGAUAUGAAUGCUAAGUUAAUUAGAGAACUGAAAGCAGAAAUUGAAAAGCUAAAAGCUGCUCAGAGAAACAGUCGGAAUAUUGACCCAGAACGAUACAGGCUCUAUCGGCAAGAAAUAACAUCCUUAAGAAUGAAGCUUCAUCAACAGGAGAAGGACAUGGCAGAAAUGCAAAGAGUGUGGAAAGAAAAGUUUGAACAAGCUGAAAAGAGAAAACUUCAAGAAACAAAGGAGUUGCAGAAAGCAGGAAUUACAUUUCAAAUGGACAACCAUUUGCCAAACCUCGUUAAUCUCAAUGAAGAUCCACAACUAUCGGAAAUGCUGCUAUAUAUGAUAAAAGAAGGGACAACUACAGUUGGAAAGUAUAAACCAAACUCAGGCCAUGAUAUUCAGUUAUCUGGGGUGCUGAUUGCUGAUGAUCAUUGUACCAUCAAAAAUUUUGGUGGGACAGUGAGUAUUGUCCCAGUUGGUGAAGCAAAGACAUAUGUAAAUGGAAAACAUAUUUUGGAAUCCACAGUAUUACAUCAUGGUGAUCGGGUGAUUCUUGGUGGAGAUCAUUAUUUUAGAUUUAAUCAUCCAGUGGAAGUCCAGAAAGGAAAAAGACCAUUGGGCAGAGAUACUCUUACAAGCGAGGGUCCAAAAGACUUUGAAUUUGCAAAAAAUGAGUUGCUCAUGGCACAGCGAUCACAACUUGAAGCAGAAAUAAAAGAGGCGAGGUUGAAAGCAAAGGAAGAAAUGAUGCAAGGAAUCCAAAUUGCAAAAGAAAUGGCUCAGCAAGAGCUUUCUUCUCAAAAAGCUGCAUAUGAAAGCAAAAUAAAAGCACUGGAAGCAGAACUGAAAGAAGAGUCUCAAAGGAAGAAAAUGCAGGAAAUAAAUAACCAAAAGGCUAAUCACAAAAUUGAGGAAUUAGAAAAGGCAAAACAACACCUUGAACAGGAAAUAUAUGUCAACAAAAAGCGAUUAGAAAUGGAGACUUUGGCUACAAAGCAGGCCUUAGAAGACCACAGCAUUCGUCAUGCAAGAAUUCUCGAAGCUUUAGAAACUGAAAAGCAAAAAAUUGCUAAAGAAGUACAAAUUCUACAGCAGAAUCAGAGUAAUAGGGAUAAAACUUUUACAAUUCAGCCAAAUUGGAGCUCCAUGAAACUCUCAAUGAUGAUUCAGGAAGCCAAUGCCAUCAGCAACAAAUUUAAAAAAUGUUAUGUUUUUGGCAGACACGAUGUUUCCGAUAAAGGUGGUUCUGACACUUCCAUUCGGGUUCGUAAUCUGCAACUAGGGAUAUCAACUUUCUGGAGUCUGGAAAAGUUUGAAUCUAAACUUGCAGCAAUGAAAGAACUUUACGAGAGUAAUGGUAGUAACAGGGGUGAAGAUGUCUUUUGUGAUCCUGAAGAUGAAUGGGAGCCUGACAUUACAAAUGCACCAGUUUCUUCAUUGUCUAGAAGGAGGAGCAGAAGUUUGAUGAAGAAUCGAAGAAUUUCUGGUUGUUUACAUGACAUACCAGUCCACCCAGUUCAGAAUUUGCAUUCUUCACAUUCAUCAGGCUUAAUGGGGAAAUCAAGCACCAUUUACUCAAAUUCAGCAGAAUCAUUUCUUCCUGGAAUUUGCAAAGAAUUGAUUGGUUUAUCAUUAGAUUUUCUUGGACAGAGUUAUGAUGAAGAAGAAAGUAUAGCAGAUAGCCUGAUGAAUAAUUUUCUUAAAAUUUAUAAUGGUCUAUUAGCCAUUUCCAAAGCUCAUGAAGAACAAGAUGAAGAAAGUCAAGAUAACCUGUUCUCUUCUGAUCGAGCAACCCAGUCACUUACUAUCCAGAUUGCAUGUGCUUUUGAGCAGCUUGUGGUGCUAAUCAAACACUGGCUGAGUGAUUUUUUACCUUGUUCCAACGUAGCAAGACUUGAAGAUGAAUUGAGACAAGAAGUUAAAAAACUGGGAGGCUACUUACAGUUAUUUUUGCAGGGAUGCUGUUCAGAUAUUUUGUCAAUGGUAAAAGAAGCUCAAAAGAAAGUGAUCCAGAUUGUACAACAAGCUGUAAAGUAUGUGGGACAAUUAGCAGUUCUGAAAGGGAGCAAGCUACAUUUUCUGGAAAACAGUAACAAUAAGGCUGUCAGUGUCCAGGAGGAAUUCAUGAAUGCUGUUUGUGAUGGUGUAGGCUUAGGAAUGAAGGUUCUAUUAGAUUCUGGACUGGAAAAAGUAGAAGAACUUCAGCAUGAACUCUUAAGGCAGUGUAUACAAAAUGAGGUUACUAAACAGAUGAAAGCUAACGCCAUGGGAUUGAUCAGAUCUCUUGAAAACAUCUUUACUGAAUGGAAAACAAAAAGUUUCAGAACUCAAGUACAAGAAGAAAAUUCUGGAUAUCAAGAUUCCAAGAAGAUGAUUAACCUUGCCCCAGAAUUCUUGAAGUUAAAACAUUGCUUCGAGAAAACUAUUCAAAUUAUUAUUUCUGCACUGAGAGGAUGCCACAGUGAUAUAAGUCUUCUCAAGAACUGCGUUGAAAGUAUUUGCAACUUGGCCAGUGAUUUUCAGAAUGAAUGCGUGACCUCUACGUCCGUUGACAGCUGUGAGAAUGGCAUACCCCAAGUUCGCCACAGGGAACUGGAAUCUCUAGCUAAGUCACUCCUCUUAUGUUUUGCACCUGAAGAAAGACCCAGUUUGUUGAAACCGUGGGAAACUUGUAAUCAAGAUACCAGAGAAGAACAACCACCAGAAGCUAAAUCAGGCAGAACUGACUGCAGUCGGAAUGAAGGUGUACCAGAGCGUGUCUGUGCACACAAUGGCUCGUCCCCAGCAGUGAGCUCGGAGGGAUGCAAACCCAGUAGGAUUCAGUGGGUGUGAAUACCAAUGUGUCGGCACUUUAUGACCACUCACGAAUGAAGAAGAACAGUUGGGAGGCAAUUUUCUUUAUGCAGGAAAGAUAAGAAGAAAUCGGUAUAAAUAAUUCAAAGAUGUCCAUGUCUGUUGAUGGCCUUACAUUGGGUAAGAAUUGUGGGAUCCUGGUUUCAAAAUGCCUGAAUGUGUACUCAGAAAUUUCUGAGCAGGUAAUUUUAAACAAGAUGUCUAAACAUUGGGACAUUGAGACAAUAGAAUGAAAUUGGGAAUUCAGGACCAAGUGAAUGGUCAUGUCUCUCCUUUCUCAUUGCCUUGAAUUUUAAACAUUUACCUUCAGGACUGAUAUGCUACCUGCAGUUGGUUUACUGCUCCGUUUGUAAACGGUUAUUCUCUCAUGAGCGGAAACCUGAAUCAUCAGUUACUUUUGUGCCUGUGUCUUCUCACCCCUGCCAAUAGCUAAGACAGGUUUAUGGUGAAGUUGCCGAUACAAGUUUACAUAAGGCAGCUUGACUUGCAUUGUUAGAUCUAAAGCUCUCUUCUCAAAGGGUUCACUGGUUGCCGUUGUGAAUAGUAUGUUCAAGGGUAUAGUUUCCUGUCUCUUUCUAAAUUAUAAGUAGCUACCUAAAUAUAGUAUAAUUACAUAUUAAUAAGACGCUUGCUGGCAUACUAGUUUACUGUGUUAUCUACAUUGCCGGUGGAGGCUGUAUGAAUGUAAUUUAAAACCAAUUAAAUGUUCCCAGAAUCAUACUCAGCUGUUGGUGGGGUUGGGAGAUCAGAGGCUGGACUUUUCUUGAUAAUGCUUAUUUUGUUAAAGGUGUAAUGACAGCAUUUGUAUGUGAUUUGAUGAAGAUUGAAGAUCUUUAUUAUUUUUCACAGCUUUAAAAAGGCUUUAUCUACAGUCAAGUAAUAAAGAUAAUAUUCUACUUGUGGGAUCUUACAUUAAGGAAAUAGUUUGACAUUUUUGACCUCAUCAAUAUGUGUAGUUUGAAAAGAUACUUAGCAGCUCUGCUUGGGGGAUAUUGAAUAGUUCUUGAAGAAUAAUUCUUUUAAAUAACCUGAUACAUUCAUUUUUCACUUGUAGGUAGCACUUAUACGUUUGGCAUAACUAGUUGAAAUUGGCUGUUAGUACUGAGUAAAUCUGAUGAUUUCCUUGUUGGAGACAGAUUGUAAAUAAAUAAUGGUCAUUGUAGUCAGAACAUUAUUGUUAAACCAUGUGUUGUAUUUUCAGGUCCUUAAAAAUGGUGCAAUGUAGCAAAUUUUAUUUUUUUCUUUUAUUUUUAGCACAUGUGCUUGUAUUAUUUCUGAAGUUCAGUAUGUAUUUUUAUUAGUCAAUGCUCUGGCAAGUAGCGCUUUUGCUAUCAAGUUUGAUAAGGUGUAGAUAUACAUAUAAGGAUUUUUUCUGAAGGUCGUACUUCUUUGAAGAACUUCCUAAAGUAUCAGUAUUGUGGUUUUCAUCUUAAUGUUCAGUAUUUAAUCUUUAGUCUCUGCUUUCUAAACUCAUGACUUCAUUGGUCAGAAGCUUUUUAAUAUCUUUGUAAAAUUUUGUGUAUAUAUAUUUAUACUGAAUAAAUUGUUAUACUGUAUUU